UAUGUUUCUGUUUUUUUUUCUGUUUCUGUUUAUCUUUUUGUUUCUAUAUCUGUAUCUGUUUCUGAUUCUGUUUCUGAUUCUGUUUCUGAUUCUGUUUCUGAUUCUGUUUCUGAUUCUGUUUCUGAUUUUGUUUUCGUUUUUGUUUCCGAUUCUGUUUCUGUUUAUCUUUCUGAUUCUAUAUCUGUAUCAGUAUAUGUCUCUAUUUCUGUCUAUGUUUCCCUUUCUCAUUCUAAUUAUGUUUCUGUUUCUGUAUCUCUUUUUGUUUCUGUUUUUUGUUUCUAUUUCUGAUAUAUAUAUAUAUAUAUAUACAUACUAG